GCAACAUCAUGACCCUCCUUCUGUGCAAGCGUCGCGGCUGCGGACAGAAGUAUGAUCCGGCCAGCAAUCCCAACGACGCGUGUACUUUCCACCCCGGGAUGCCGGUUUUCCACGAGGGCCUCAAGAGUUGGUCCUGCUGCCCGAGCACCAAGGUCCUUUCUUUUGACGAGUUCCUUGAGCUGACAGGCUGCUGCGUCGGGGCCCACUCGAUUGAGGAGGUUGCCCAGCCGCAAUUCUUGGACACCAGCAAGAUCGGCCUUCCCGACGAGGAGGUCUUCGGGGCUGAGGUCGCCAGUCAGCUGGCCGGUGUGAACCUCUCGACGCCAAAGCCCACCAAGCCUAUUGUCGUCAAAACCGCGCCCAAGGCCCCGGAGAUGGACGAAACCAAGAUGGCUGACGAUCCUGCGGUCGAAGUUCCGACCGGGACAGCUUGUCGGCGCAGGUCUUGCGGGCACCGGCUGGCCUCGGCCGCUUGUCGCGACCUCCCCUGCACCUUCCACCCCGGGACGCCGGUCUUUCACGAGGGGUCCAAGGGGUGGUCCUGCUGCAGCCGCAAGGUGCUGGACUUCAAUGACUUCCUGGCCAUUGCCGGCUGCCGUACCGUCACCGGUCACCGGUUCCUGGAGCAUCCGCUCGAGCGGGCCGCCGCCAACGGCGGCACCCCUGCCGAUGCUGCCCAGACCGUGACCGAUGCCGCCGGCAACGAGUAUACCCCGGUCGAUGUGCGCAAUGAUUGGUACCAGACCCAGACUUCGGUCAUUGUGUCCUUCUUCGCCAAGAACGUCAUCAAGAGCGAGUGCUCGGUGGAGUUUGGCGAAGAGGAGAUUCGCCUCUUCCUCGUGAUGCCCGAUCGCAAGGCCUUCAAGGCGACCAUCCCCCUGUUCCAGCCGAUCGACCCGGCCGCCAGCAAGUUUUUCCUCGGGUCAGUGAAGGUGGAGCUUACCCUGGCCAAGGCCAACGGCGUGUCCUGGGUGUCGCUGCAGCCGAUGUCCACUCCGAUCCGGGCAUUUACCACCUUCGGCACGACUGGCCGCGUGGGCACCGUCGGAGGCAAGGUCAUUGAUGCUGUGCAUGAUGCGGCCAUUCUGUACACCACUACCGAGUAGAGCUCAGGUAGGUGCAAAGGGAACAAGGCGCGGGAGCGUGCCCGUGCGUAUUGCCUUGCGCCUUUUUUUUCCUCCCCCCCGCCAAUUGCGGUCCCCCCCCCCCCCCUC